GUCCUGCUCUCGCACUCCGAACUCUCGCGAGAGAAAAUGAAAUUCCAGCAGCAAAUCUGCGAGCUCGCGACCUCCCUCCAUUGGGAAAGCUCGAGCGCGACUGAGGGGAGAGAAAACAGCCCCUCGUUAGCCUGGAAAAGCUUCGAAACGACGCGUUUAUCGCAGCUCACGGAGCCGUGAGGUUCGAGCUAAGACAUGCACGGUACCGGCGGAGGAUACCAUGUCAGGUUCGCCGAACAUUGGGAUUUUUAACGCUCCGCUAAACGAGCAAGAGGCUUCAUUAGCGAGCUAACUGACGCAGUGAAGUGCGUGAAAACUUACAGCCUGAGAGAGAAUUUGCCUUUGGGAUUGAAAACCAGGAUACCGCAUCAGCGUUUUUUUCCUAAUUCCAUCGCUUCCUAGAAAGUCCAGCUUCGUUUGACCAGAGGAACACGUGAAAUAAUCGCUUUGUUUACCGCUUGCACAAUUCCAGCAUUGAUUCGCUCAGAAAUGAGAUUAGAGAGUCGCUUUGUGAGGCCAUGAACUCAAGCACAUCAGCCAAAACACUGAGCAGGCCUGUUAAUUAGAGAUCUGCUUAACUUAUAUAAACUACUCGCAUUCUGACUAGUUCGGCUGCUGCAAAGGAGAUUCGAGGAGUAACUAAAGCUGCUGUUACCGGCCAUGUUUUGCAUGACGACCGCGUCAAGAAUCGGAUGAAAGCGCGUCGGGAUUAUUGCUGUCUGUCUUCUGUUCGUUGCUGGGAUUUGAGACGCGCACAAAUAGAGGACUAAGAUGUCUAGUGCAAAGGAAAACACGUGUAGGAAAUUUCAAGCGAACAUCUUCAACAAAAGCAAAUGUCAGAACUGCUUCAAGCCUCGAGAGCUGCAUCUGCUGACGGACCAGGAUCUCAAUCAGGCCAAGCCGAUCUAUGGCGGAUGGCUGUGUUUGGCUCCAGAGGGGACGGACUUUGACAAUCCCAUGCAGAGAUCCCGGAAAUGGCAGCGGCGAUUCUUCGUCCUUUAUGAACACGGCUGCUUGCGCUUCGCUCUGGAUGAAUCGCCAAGUACACUACCGCAAGGGACGGUCAACAUGAACCUGUGCACUGAUGUGAUCGACGCUGAGGCCAGGACCGGACAGAAGAACGCUCUGUGCAUCAUCACCCCGGAGCAGGAGUACUACAUACGAGGAGACAACAAGGAGAUCAUCAAUGGGUGGAGUGAACAGCUAGUGGUUUAUCCAAGAACCAACAAGCAAAAUCAAAAGAAGAAACGCAAAGUGGAACCAGCAACCUCACAGGAACCAGGCCCAGCAAAGGUAGCGGUGACCGGCUCGGGCAUCCCAGAAGCAGAGAAGACUCCCGACUCCAGUUCCAUCAUAUGGCAGGAGGAGCUGCAAAGCAGAGAGGCGGACAUGUCCCAGACGUGGUCCUCCAGCGAGAUGCCGCCUCUUGGCUCACCACUGCCCUCUGCAGGUGAGGGGUCGAUGGUGAGCCGGUGCUCGGAUCAGAGCUCAGUGAACGGUGACGAGGUGGACCGAAGCGGGCUCUCCUUCCACUCGGCUGUUUCCCAGCCCUCUCAUGACCCCCUGUCGCCCACGGGCAGCUCGUCCAGCCGGCACAGUGCAGAGAUGGGGGGCGUCCCGCGCUGCCUGUCUCCUGCUCCUAGCGACCCCUUCCCAUCAGGCAGCAGCCUGCUGUCCAACGGUUCCCACAUCAGCGGCUCCAUGAGUUCUCUGGACUCGGAUGCCAGCGGCAGCACCGUCACCAGCACCGACAGCCACCCGGCCGAACCUCUCGGACGCACGCACCGUGCUCUGUCCCGUCGUGGAGACGCAGAAACCCGCAAGCCGGAGAAACGGAGCCGCCUGCGCAGUCCGGAAAGACAAGAGUCUGUGUUCAGCCCGGAGAGAAGUGGGCGCUCGAAUGUGAUUGAGAAGCUGGAGGCGUUGGAGCUGGAGCAUGCUGAGAGAAUGGAGGUGGAGGAGAGAUGCAGUGGAGUCCGGCAGGGCCGCAGUGAAAUGAGACGAUUCCAGCGGGAGGAGCAGAAGAUGGACCCAGCCCAGGGUUUAGACUUCCAUCACUCCACCCUGCCGCCUCUGAGACGAGCCAAAUCACUGGACCGCAGGACCACCGAAUCAGUCAUGACACCAGACCUGCUGAACUUCAAGAAGGGUUGGAUGGUGAAACUUGAUGAACAGGGCCAGUGGAAGAAGUAUUGGUUUGUGCUGACAGAUCACAGUCUACGAUACUACAAAGAUUCUAUUGCUGAAGAGGCGUCUGAUCUGGAUGGAGAGAUUGAUCUCAGUACAUGCUAUAAUGUUACAGAAUAUCAAGCUCAACGGAACUAUGGCUUCCAGAUUCAUACUCAAGAGGCGGUGCACACACUCUCCGCAAUGACUGCAGGAAUACGCCGCAACUGGAUCCAAGCGGUUAUGAAAAACGUCCGGCCGUCCACUGCACCAGAUGUUGCUAGCCUGACAGAUGAGCACGCUUCCUGCGGCCCGUUUGAGAGUCUCGCCCGGCCUGACAUCACCCAGGACUCCCCGUCCUCUGAAGCCUCAGUAGAGCGGGAAGGUGGAAUAAAGAAGAGCCGAGCGAGAGAACGGAGGCGAGAAGGACGGUCCAAAACGUUUGACUGGGCCGAGUUUCGUCCCAUCGCCCAGGCUCUGGCGCAGCAGAGAGCGCACGAGGCAGACACCUUCCAGGCUGAGCUAGCCGAGAGAAACAAGAGGAGGGAGGAGAGGCGGAGGAGGUACGAGAGCGUCACCGGCUCGUCCUUCGAUCCGCCCGCUGACGCCGCAAAGAUGGACUUUGAGAGUGUGGGCGUGGUCCAGGUAGAUGCUCCGCCCCCAUCGGUGGAGCGGCAGCAGAGAGUGGAGGACGAGAUCGAGCAGCAUUGGCAGCAGGUGGAGAAGACACCCAUCAGGGAGGAGAGGAGGGUGCCUUUGCCCUCCACACAUCCCAACAGAGACGCAUCAGAGCUGGAGAAACUCGUCGAGAGCUACAAAAAAGGGGUUGAAGAGCUGAAAGCUCAGUUGGAGAGCUGCCACCAGCAGUUAAUGGACUCCAAUCGGCACAAGCUGGAGCUGGAGGGUCAGCUCAAAAACGCUCUUGAGCGCGAACAGCAGAUCCGUGCUGGUUACAUUUCACCGCUGGAGUCCCCUUUGAGUGUUGAGACAGAGCCCCAGAUGAAGAGGACUGAACUGGUUAGUUCUCAAGCUCAGAGCUUAACAAAGAAGUACCAGGAAACCAAAGAGAUCCUGCAGCUUCAAGAACUGAAAAAGCGCAACAUGCAGGCACAGCUUGGCCUUUCUCUCUCACACUGGCCCGCAAAGGAACCUUACUUUUCUGACACCAAAAAACCCGCCACCUCUGAGGUCUGUCCCUCAAACUCCAUUCAAAAAACGGUCAGCUUCAUGCUUCAGGAUAGCGAGGGAAAGAUCAGAGAGCUAGAGAGCUUGAUAGAUGCCAGUGAGCCUCUGACAUUAAGAGAGCUGAUAAAGCUCAUGCAUUCACAUAGCGAAUACGUUGGGGUAGAAAGUCCUCAAGGACAGGAAAGAAGUGAGUCAGUUGGAGAAAUGCCGCAGAAACUGUUGGAAAGCCUCAAGAACCAACAGGAGAAUGAGACAAUGAGGAAAAGCUUGGAAAAGGCUGGAGACUGUAUUCGGGACUAUGAAGCUCGUUUGGUCACCAUGGAGGACAUGUUGGGAAGAGUUCAUAGGCAGAAAAUGGAGAGUUCGUUUGCACUAGGUUGCUCGAGGGAAGACCAUCCGGAUCUGUCGCAGCAGGUGGAGUUGCUCACGAGUGAAAACGUAGCUUUGAACCAGCGCUAUCAGGAAAUUGUGAACCAGUUGAUAGAAGCUGAUCGAGAGAUAGACAGGCUGAAAGCUGAGCUUUGUAGACUACGUAGCGGUCAGCAAUAUCCACAUUCCAACAUGGAACAGGAGCAAGAAAACAAAGAGACCUCUGAGAAAAAUGUGUACAAGGGAGAACUCCAUGAAAAGUCACAGAAGCUACAAGAGGCUCUUAUUAAAUUGGAAACUCUUGGUAAUAAUUUGAAAGAUACAGAGAAAAGAUUGCAACUUAAAGAAGCAACUCUUAGGGGUCUUGGAUUUCUGGUGGCAGAAAGUGAAAAAGAUGAUAAAGAGUUAGAUUCGGAGACAGAUGACCUCAAGCGCCAAUUGGAGGUCCUUCAGUCCAAGCUUUCAGAGAAGGACAAGCAGCUUCAAAAUGCUGAGCAGGUCUGUAGAGAACUUCAGUCCCAGAAUGCGAAACAUGAAGAGACCGCAAGGAUGUGUAGUCAGAUGCUUGUAGAUGCUCAGGAGGAAAUUAGGAUGUUGAAAGAGAAGGCAGGCACUCAAGGUACGUUUGGUAGUGAACCAGGAACAGAAAUUGGGCGCCAAGAGUUGAUGCAAAAACUCACAAAUGAAGGUGUAAUUGAGGAAGUUGUGGAAGAGUUCAAGAGCAAGUCUAAAUCUCUUAAUCAUCUACUUGACAUGUUGGUAAUAGGCAGUAAGACAGAUUUGUCCAACACCGGCAUGGACACCAACAUUUUGGAUGAGAAUCAUGGAGGAAUGAUGGAGAUGUUUGAGAGAAUGAUUCUACAUAAGGUUUUAGCUGGUUUAGAGGACUGUCAGAAAGGCUCCGAGGUUGAGCAAACCCUAAGGAAUGUUGUAGAACGUAUGCUAGUGGAUAAUGAAAUGCUGCUUCUUAUGAAUAAGCUCUCCAACUUCCAAGAACUUCAAAGUGACGCAAAACCUGCAUCUUGCACAGAAAAAAGCGCUGGAUAUGGAAAUGCACUGAAUGAAGAGACAAUGAAAUCGAAUGUUUUGAAUCGGUUGCUCGAUGAUGCUGCCAAACCCUGCGUCAUGAAGACUCUCGCUGAAGUCAUUCAGAAGAAAGUGGCGUUAUUGAAUCAAGCCGCUUCUGCUCUUAGAGAACGAACUAAUGAGGAGCUUCAGUCGUUGGCUUUGACUCUGUCAAGCUGUGGCUCUCAAAGAACCUGGUCGGAGUAUGUUCGUGAGGCCAUAAUGGACAUAACACACAUGUACUUGGUAGUUCUUCAAAUGUUGCCAAGGACAAGACCGUCAGACCUGUCUGCAUGUGCAAAUUGUGCUGAUUUGAGAGCACAACUCGAGUCUGAGAAGCAGGUGAUGUCAAGCGUUCAGAGUCCCAUCAGUGUAACCCACAUUCAGAUCGAAGGAGAACCAAUUGACUCUCUGGACAAGGCCAUACGGCUUCAGGACAUGAUGGCCAAGCAUAAGAAGGAGCUGCGAGAAUUAAAGGAGGCGUACGAGCAAGAAGCAGAAAAGCUGAGGCUGGAAGUGGCCAAGGCUGGUGAGACUCUGAGACUGAGAUCUGAGGAGAACGUGAAAGAGAUCGACUCUCUGACGUUGUGCAUGGAGAACCUGAAGAAGAAGCACGAGAUGGAGCGUAAGGACUUAAUAGCACACUUCAAUCAAGAGAUGGAAGAGCUUACGGAUGCUGUCGGCCCUGUUGAACCUGCAACAGACGGCGAGCCGAACUCAACUUCCCUCAAAGUGCGGAUCCAAAAGCUCGUGUCCCGGCUGUCCGAACUGACUGAGGAAACAAAUCUGCAAGAUCGUGAUGCGACAUUGCUGCGUCUGAAAUACGAGAAAGACCUGGAAAACCUAAAGGCGACGUGUGAACGAGGCUUUGUCACCAUGGAAGAGUCUCACCAGAAGGUAAUCGAUGAGCUGCAGAAAAAGCACCAGCGGGAACUGGAGAAACUGCAGGAGGAGAAAGAGAGACUGCUGGCAGAAGAGACUGCAGCCACUAUAGCUGCUAUUGAAGCAAUGAAGAAUGCACAUCGGACGGAGCUUGAGCGGGAACUGGAGAAAGCGCGCAAGGCCAACAGCAACAAUGAAAACGCAGACAUAGAGGAAAUCCGCAAACAGCACGAGGAAGAGCUGAUGUCGUACCAGAGGGAGAUCGAGGUGUUGUCAGAGCAGUACUCGCAGAAGUGCUUAGAAAACGCUCAUCUGGCCCAGGCGCUGGAGGCCGAGAGACAGGCGCUCAGACAGUGCCAGCGGGAGAACCAGGAACUCAAUGCGCACAACCAGGAGCUAAACAAUCGUCUGGCAGCUGAGAUCACUAAGAUGCGAUCGAUGACGAGCGAGGACGGCGGAGACACUGGCGGGGUCAUACAGGGGAAGGAGCUGUAUGAGCUGGAGGUAAUGUUGAGGGUGAAGGAGUCAGAAGUGCAGUAUCUGAAGCAGGAGAUCAACUCUUUAAAAGAUGAGCUCCAGACUGCCCAAAGAGAUAAAAAAUAUGCAACCGAUAAAUAUAAGGACAUCUACACGGAGCUGAGCAUCGUACGGGCCAAAGCAGAGUGCGAUCUGAGCCGACUGCGCGAGCAGCUGCAGCAGGCCCAUGAUGCACUGGGGGAUCCCGCGCUGGAGGACGCGGAGCGCGGCGGUUACGAUAUCAUGAAGUCGAAGAGCAAUCCUGACAUUUUAAAGAUGGCGGCCGCAGCAGCCAAACGCUCCGAACGCACCAUGAGGUCAAAGAGUCUGAAGGAAGGUUUGACGGCGGAGCAGAGACUUCACUUGUUCGACAACAAGGACACUAAGGACUUCUGACACGGACGCGUCGACCGGCCUCGCUGCAUGCUAAUAAAGAGCCGCAUAUUUUAGCCCAAUAAUCAAUCACUUAGAGACACACUGGUCACAGCUACAGCGUAUAUUAAACAUGGUAUGAAGUUUGAGUUUUAUGUCUAUAGUCUGCAUUUCAUGCACUUCAGUUACUGUGACGUUGUUGGUUUGUUUUCAUUGCCAUGUCUUAAUGUAAAUACUUUGUUUUUAAUGAAGCAUCUAUCAUGCGUACACUAAACACGGCCGUGUAAGCUACUGUUUGAACUCUUUAGUUUGUGUGAAUCGCCAGUGGAGGAAGUAACCCACGUCAUGACUCGACACCAGAUUAUUGGCACGGCAGGAAUCAUCACGCGUGACGCUAGAAGUGGUCACUCUGCGCAUUUCCUCCGGCUCUUUCUUGUUUUAGUGAAAUGGGAUGCAUAUAAAAUAGCUGCAUUUAGUCGACGCUUGCAUCAUUAACCGCUGACCUUCUGCAGCUUCUCCGGAUGUUUUAAAUAAAGGACCAUUUCUGAUGACUGUAAAGCACACAGGAACAGACCUGAAAGGGUUUGGGCUGCUCUAAAGAAUAUUAACAAGGCUGUAUAAGGUUGCCGUUAUGAAUGAAUACUGGUCCACUCACGUGAAUGGGAGGUGUUUUUUUUUUGUUUCUUCAAGCUGAUAAAGUCUGCGGUGUUGUUCAGUGGCAGUCCAUUGUAUUUAUUUAAAUGUUAUGAAUUUUUGUCUCACAUUUCCAUUCAUCUAUACAUUAUUGUAAAUAUACUGCAAAUGUACACGAACUGACAACAGGUUUAUUAGCAAUAAAUAUUUUUGCACCCUC